AUGGGAGCUGCAGGAAGUUCUGCUCUGCUGCUGCUUUCACUUCUGCUCUGCUCAUUUCUGCUUGACUUCUCUCUCGCUUUUUCACUCAAGAACUGCACAGUAGUCUACUUAGAUGCUAAUGCUAAUGAUGUGGAUGUGGAUUGCUCGAGUCGCCAUCUGGCCGUCAUCCCAGACGACAUUCCCAGGAAUGCUAGGAUCCUGGAGCUGUCUGAGAAUGGAAUAAUGAGGAUCUCCAAGGUGGAUUUACGAGGCCUAUCAAAGCUCGAAACUCUUCAGCUUCACUCAAAUGUCAUCUCUCUCAUGGACGAUGGAGCUUUUAUUGACUUGACAGAGCUGGUGAAUCUCACCAUCGCCAACAAUGAACUGACAAAGCUGACAGACAAGAUGUUUCAGGGUCUUUCUGGACUCAUUCAUCUCAAUCUGAACAUAAACCAGAUCUUCUUCAUCUCUGCCCGAGCCUUUGAGCCUCUGAUCUCUAUACGAAUCAUUCAGCUGGCCGCCAACCAACUGCAAAAAAUUGCCAAUAUUAUUCCGGCCCUGACACUCAAAACUUUGGUAUCUUUGGAUCUCAGUUAUAACGGGCUAUUGUCUUUCCAGUCAGACAACGAGCCUCUGAAUGCCUCAAACCUCAUGUCUCUAGACCUGAGCCUGAACCCUCUGACCAAGUUCAGCCUCAAAAAAGACAUCUUCCCUCACCUGCAGGACCUGAGCUUUGAAGAAUGCCUCGAGAACAUGGAGUGGGACGUAGCCAACAAGACAUUUCUGAGGAAUCUGACACGGUUAUCCAUUAGAGGAACUAACUUUAGCCUCAGCACUUACAAGGCAAUGUUCAGGACCACUGGCAGACUGCAAGAACUUGACCUGAGUUUAAUGCAGACAUGGAUAGAAGAUGGCCUUGUUGACACUGCAUGCCAACGUCUUUCACUGAGAACUCUGGUUAUAACCACAACGGAAAUAGAAAGUGUGGAUGAUGUCCUGCUGAAGUCCUGCUCAGGCCUCUCUGAGGUCAAUUUUACCUCUAAUGCCUUUGUCAGGAUGUCCAAACAUGCCUUCCGGUCCACCAAAAUCCUCAGAAUCUUGUCACUAAAGAACAACAAGCUGUCCAAACUGUCACUGGCUCUCCAGGCGCUGCCGAUGCUGGAAUACCUCGAUUUAAGCGAGAACAUCAUCAGUGAGCUGGACUGUCUGGACUUCCGAGAUCUGACCAGGCUGAAGAGUCUGAAUCUGAUGUCCAAUCGCAUCUCCGUCCUCCAGGGAUGUGUCUUUGAGAAACUGAAGGACUUAGAAGAUCUGAAUAUUGGGGAAAAUGAGGUCAUUGCUUUUGCAGGCGCUUUCACUUUACCAUAUUUUGGGAAACUAAAGUUACUGAAUCUGCAUAAUAAUCACCUGGACGAACUUCAGCAAGGAGCCUUCAGCAGUCUGUCAUCUCUCAGAGAUCUGGAUUUAGGGACAGACAAAGACUUUGCUGUUGAACUCGGGGCUUUCAAUGGACUUGAUGAUCUUGAAAGUCUCACUGUGUCUCUGUUUCAGUAUUACAGAGAACUUUUCUCUGGGCUACCAAGUGUGAAAAAUCUGAGGGUAUUUUUUAUAUUCAGCACGCCACCAGGGACAUUUCAACCAUACAACAUCUCGCUGUUUUCAAAUCUGGUCAACCUGACGACUCUCACUGUGAAAGGAGUUGAGUUGUACCAUGAUUUCAUUAAAGCAGAUGUGCUGAGUGGACUGAAAUCUUUGGAACGACUGAUGACGGAGAACUUCUUCACAAACCCUUUACACCCAGACACUUUUAAGUACACCCCUCGACUGAGAAGUCUUCAGAUAAUUUACAGUAAUCUGUUACAAUUGUCUCCGGAAGUCUUCUGGCCUCUCACAAACCUGGAGGAACUGGACCUCUCCAACAAUAACCUCAGGUCUUUGGACUUCCUAGCUGAAGCUAAGCUAUCAGCACUUAAGUUUCUGAAACUGAGUGAAAAUGAGGUGUCAAUCAUCAACGAGACCCUCUUCCAGUCCCUUCCUGCCCUGACUUACCUGGACCUGUCAGAGAACCUCCUGACAUGUGAGUGCUCCAAUUCUGGGUUCGUCCGCUGGGCCACAAGCAACAACCAGACACAGGUAGCUAAUGGCUACCGCUACAUUUGUGCUUUUCCCGUCAGCCAGCGAGGAGAACGGCUUCUGGACUUUGAUGUGCGCUCAUGUUGGAUGGAUGUGAGCUUCCUCUGCUUCGUCUCCAUUGCUGCUCUCAUCCUGUUGGUCCUCCUGUCUUCCUUCAUUCACCACUUCCUGAGGUUUCACCUCAUCUAUGCCUACUACCUCUUCUUGGCUUUCCUCUACGACAACAAGAGGAGGAAGGGCGACGUCGGCUGCCAGUAUGACGCCUUCAUCUCCUACAAUGUGUGUGACGAGGCCUGGGUCUACGAAGUGCUGGUUCCAGAACUGGAGGGACAGCAGGGCUGGAAGCUCUGUCUGCACCACAGAGACUUUGAACCAGGCAUGCCCAUCAUACAAAACAUCACAGACGCCAUCUACAGCAGCAGGAAGACGAUCUGUGUGAUCAGCCGCCACUACCUGCAGAGCGAGUGGUGUUCCAGAGAGAUCCAGAUGGCCAGCUACCGUCUGUUCGACGAGCACAGAGACGUGCUGAUCCUGCUGUUCGUGGAGGACGUCCCAGCCCACCGCCUCACUGCGUACCACCGCAUGAGGAGUGUGGUCAAGAGGCGGUCCUACCUGAGCUGGCCGCGGGCCGCUGGGCACCCCGCCGUCUUCUGGCAGAACGUACGGCGAGCUCUGGGGACGGACCGGGACCCCCGGGAUCAGAGUGACCUUUUGGGUGGACCCUAGUCCUUCAGCCACUCAGCAGUGUCCCGGUACAGUAGGAAGAACUGAACCCAGACCUACUGGAUCAGCAGUUUGAACAUGUCUUCACAUCCAGACAGCCGAGCUGUCAGUACAGUAGAGGGCAGUAGAGGACAGUAGAGGACAGUAGAGGACAGUAGAGGACAGUAGAAGAGGGUUGGGGUCAGUAGAGGACAGUAGAGGGCAGUAGAGGACAGUAGGGUGCAGUAGAGGGCAGUAGGGGGCAACAGAGGGCAGUAGAGGGCAGUAGGGGGCAACAGAGGGCAGUAGAGGACAGUAGAAGAGGGUUGGGGCAGUAGAGGACAGUAGAGGUCAGUAGAGGACAGUAGAGGUCAGUAGAGGGCAGUAGAAGAGGGUUGGGUCAGUAGAGGACAGUAGAGGACAGUAGAGGACAGUAGAGGUCAGUAGAGGACAAUAGGGUGCAGUAGAGGACAGUAGGGUGCAGUAGAGGGCAGUAGGGGGCAAUAGAGGGCAGUAGAGGACAGUAGAAGAGGGUUG